CAUUAGAUACAUUAUUGCUGGACGGCUACAAUGCAUCCAGUUUUUGUGGAUUAGUAUCAAAGUCUGUUUUCUCGAACCGCCUGCUCACCAAAGUAACCUAUUUCGUAGAACUUCAAGACACAGAAAGCGUUACAAAAAAAAUAUAUAUAUAGGCUACAACACAUCUGUGCUUGUUUUCUUUCUCUCGGUCGUUUGUACCAUUUAGGGCAGUGACCGGAGGUUUGCAGGAGCAAACUGCGUCUUUUCAUCCGAAAGUUCUAAUGAUUACGCAAGUGAAGGGAAUUGUCGGCACGAAUUGGACAACGGAUUGUUGUAACAGGGCUAACGGUGACUGUUUUUUUUUUACCUCUACACACAGAGUCGACGAAUAAGUUGUACUGCCAGCAAUAAAGGUGGAAUUACCUAAAUCUGCAACAUGGCUGCUAGUGGGAGAAGUUUAGAGUACUGACGUGGGAGAAGUUUUAUACUAAUCCAGUACAGUACAGCAGGAAUUGUUGUAUAAAGUAAAUCUUUUUUUUUUCCUUCGUCGCCUCGGAUUGAACAACGCACAUAAACACUGGGUUGCCCGAGUAAGAGCGGAGGAGUGCAAGACUACUUUCUUCUUCAAAUGAUUGUAGUCAUCACCAAGCAAUCGCGUAGACUUUAUCUUCAAGAUUUUUUUCUUCUUCAUCUUAAAUAGUGCAUCUCUCGUCCAGUGUGGGCCAUCUGAAAUCUAAAAUGCAUUUCUCCAUUCCCGAAACGGAGGUUCGUUCGGGAGAAAAUGGAUCAACUUAUGUGGCCUACAACAUCCAUGUGAACGGCGUUCUCCAUUGUCGGGUUCGCUACAGUCAGCUGCUGGGACUACACGAACAGAUAAAGAAGGAGCAUGGCAACAACUUGGUACCUGCUUUCCCCCCAAAGAAGAUCUUCACUCUGACACCGAAUGAUGUGGAGCAGAGACGUGAACAGUUGGAAAAAUACAUGCAAGCUGUGCGGCAGGACCCCAUGCUCGGCGCCUCCGAGAUGUUCAACAGCUUUCUAAGGAAAGCCCAGCAGGAGACCCAGCAGAUCCCAACCGAAGAGGUUCCUCUGGAGAUCUACCUGUCUAACGGCCAGAAGGUCGAGGUCAGCAUCCUGACCUCCAACCAAACAGAGGACGUCCUCGAGGCCGUUGCGUCAAAACUGGACCUUCCUGAUGAGCUGGUUGGUUAUUUCAGCCUCUUCCUGGUUCGAGAAGGAGUGGACGGGGGAUUAACGUUUGUGAGGAAGCUGCAGGAGUUUGAGUUACCGUACGUAUCGGUCACCAGCUUACGAAGCUCAGAGUUUCGCAUCAUCCUGCGGAAAAGUUACUGGGACACGGCGUAUGACAGUGAUGUAAUGGACAACCGAGUGGGACUAAAUCUACUAUACGCUCAGACGGUGUCGGACAUAGAUAGAGGCUGGAUCCUCGUUAACAAGGACCAGCACAGACAGCUGAAAUCACUGCAGGAGAAAGGAUCCAAGAAAGAAUUCAUUAGGCUCGGUCAGACGCUGAAAUACUUUGGCUACAUCAAGUUUGACCCGUGCGUGACAGACUUCCCGGAGAAGGGCUGUCACGUGAUCGUCUCCGCUGGCAACAACGAGCUUAACUUCCAGGUCAAGCUUCCCAAUGAACAGAUGAAGGAGGGGAGCUUCAAGGUCACGCGCAUGAGGUGCUGGAGGGUCACUUCGUCUCAGGUCCCGGUAGUGAACGGCUCAUCCUCCCCAACCCCGGGCCCCUGCUCCUCAGCCAAGUGUGAGGUGAAGUUGGAGCUGGCCUUCGAGUACCUGAUGAGCAAAGACCGCCUCCAGUGGGUCACCAUCACCAGCCCACAGGCAAUCAUGAUGAGCAUCUGUCUUCAGUCGAUGGUUGAUGAGCUGAUGGUGAAGAAGUCAGGAGGAAGCAUCAAGAAGAUGCUAAGGAAACGUCACAAUGGCCCCCUGCAUCGGUCUGAAAGUCAGCAAGCUGUGAAAUCCCCCCCUCUACUGGACUCUCCUGACCCAAACCGAGAACAGAUUGUCAAACUCUCAACUAAGCUGAGCUCUGUGUCUCUCAGAGGGAUCAGCGCCUCCAGCUCAGCCAAUGACAUCAGCGGCAACGAUUUCCAUGGCAACUAUGCCUUCGAGGGGAUCGGGGAUGAUGACCUGUAAUAUUCACCCCUUCCCCACCUCUCACCUGUCGAACGCAAUCUGCAAAGAAUCCAAGCUGAGCCGAGCGGAUUGUCUGACUCUGUAAGAUUGUAGCCCUUCCUGGGAGUCUGCUGCCUGCCUUAGGAUCAGUCUUGUCCUAUCAGCUUCACAAAGACUGCCAUCUAUCUUAUGCGUUUCAGGUACGGGAUGACUGACUACCCACUGCCAUCCUGUUUUACAAUCCUACCCCCCCCCCCCCGUAUUCAACUUAAUAAAAUAUCAAGAACAGAUAGAACUAAAAUUACAGUCUGAAGUCUAAUCCACGGGGGUCAUGCUGUGAAACACACAAUUGACGUUGAAAGGACUAAAACCAAGUGGAAGCUGUGUAUCAGUGAUAAUGGACCUACGUCUAUAGUCUCUUCACUCUGUCCAGCUUGAUGAUAAGUCAUUUAUAGUCUCUUCACUCUGUCCAGCUAGCUGACAGUCAUCUAUAGUCUCUUCACUCUGUCCACCUAGCUGACAGUCAUCUAUAGUCUCUUCACUCUGUCCAGCUAGCUGACAGCCAUCUAUAGUCUCUUCACUCUGUCCAGCUAGCUGACAGUCAUAGAAAUGAAUGCUGGACAGGGAUCAUAGUAAAUUACAGAAAUCCAUUCUAAUGUAUGCUUGUAACAUCAGUAGCUUCAGUAGACUAUGCUUCAGAGGGAGGGGCAGCUAGCCUACAAACACAAAGAUUUUCAGCUGGCAGGCACAGACACACUGGAAUUACUUCCUGAGUGAUAAAGUGAGGGCUUUGCAUUGGUGCUUUGUUGCGUUUUUUUGUUUUUGUGGGACUGAAAAAUACCCAGAAUGUAAAAGAGCGUUAUCAACCAGUACCCAUGCUUUUAGAAGAACGGUUCUGUUCUGGAAUAGUAUUGAUCACUUCCAUUCUCGGUUCUGGUUCUGUUCCGCAGAAAAUGUAGUUAUUUUUCUGUUCUGUUCCCUGAACCAGUUCCAACCCCUGGUCUUCAUAUUUGACAUUCUACCAUAGAGCGUCCCGACAUUCCUGCAUUCUACCAUAGAGCGUCCUGACAUUCCUUCAUUCUACCAUAGAGAGUCCUGACAUUCCUUCAUUCUACCAUAGAGCGUCCUGACAUUCCUGCAUUCUACCAUAGAGCGUCCUGACAUUCCUUCAUUCUACCAUAGAGCGUCCUGACAUUCCUUCAUUCUACCAUAGAGAGUCCUGACAUUCCUUCAUUCUACCAUAGAGAGUCCUGACAUUCCUUCAUUCUACCAUAGAGCGUCCUGACAUUCCUUCAUUCUACCAUAGAGCGUCCUGACAUUCUUUCAUUCUACCAUAGAGCGUCCUGACAUUCCUUCAUUCUACCAUAGAGAGUCCUGACAUUCCUUCAUUCUACCAUAGAGCGUCCUGACAUUCCUUCAUUCUACCAUAGAGCGUCCUGACAUUCCUUCAUUCUACCAUAGAGCGUCCUGACAUUCCUUCAUUCUACCAUAGAGCGUCCUGACAUUCCUUCAUUCUACCAUAGAGCGUCCUGACAUUCCCUCAUUCUACUAUAGUCCCGACAUUCCUGCAUUCUACCAUAGAGCGUCCUGACAUUCCUUCAUUCUACCAUAGAGCGUCCUGACAUUCCUUCAUUCUACCAUAGAGCGUCCUGACAUUCCUUCAUUCUACCAUAGAGAGUCCUGACAUUCCUUCAUUCUACCAUAGAGCGUCCUGACACCAUAGAGAGUCCUGACAUUCCUUCAUUCUACCAUAGAGUCCUGACAUUCCUUCAUUCUACCAUAGAGCGUCCUGACAUUCCUUCAUUCUACCAUAGAGCGUCCUGACAUUCCUUCAUUCUACCAUAGAGAGUCCUGACAUUCCUUCAUUCUACCAUAGAGCGUCCUGACAUUCCUUCAUUCUACCAUAGAGCGUCCUGACAUUCCUUCAUUCUACCAUAGAGAGUCCUGACAUUCCUGCAUUCUACCAUAGAGAGUCCUGACAUUCCUUCAUUCUACCAUAGAGCGUCCUGACAUUCCUUCAUUCUACCAUAGAGAGUCCUAACAUUCCUUCAUUCUACCAUAGAGCGUCCUGACAUUCCUUCAUUCUACCAUAGAGAGUCCUGACAUUCCUUCAUUCUACCAUAGAGCGUCCUGACAUUCCUUCAUUCUAAAAGGGGCCUUGUGUCUUUGUCUUCAUCAGUGUCUGUUCUUUUAGCCUGUAAUUCUGUCACAUCAGAAAUCCAAGGUACGUCGUCAAUUCUAGCUCUUGAAAUGGGUUACUUACCCGUGGAAUGUAAGUGUUAAUGUUGCCAAUAUGCCAAAAUGUUUUUCCCCAAUAACUUCCUUUGUAGGGUGUUAUUGAUCUUCCCCAUUUCAUAACAGUGUUGUUGUAAUGAUGUUUAGUAUGAGUUUUAAUGUGAAUCUCCAAGUACAGGUUUCAGACUUGUUAAUAUUGCCAGAAAGAUGAUUGGAACAUUUCCACUUCUGGUCCUGUGGUCCACUGUGGGUUGCCAUAGGUCGAAACGCAAAACCCACCCACCAACCAAGUGUCAGCCUUAGCUAAUGCGACCUCACCAGCUAGAAUCUUGCAGGAGGAGAUGUGGAUUGAUUUGGUCGGCUGAACUGCUUGCACAUCCUGAACCCAGAAUUUUGCACAGUAUUACAGAUGGAGAUGGAUAUUUAUUAAGUAAUGUGGAGCAUGAAAAACAAUGGUCUGCUUCCUAAAUGGCACCCUGUCCUAUAUAGUGCACUACUUUAGACCAGGGCAUUAUAUAACCCUAUUCCCUAUAUAGUGCACUACAUUAGACCAGGGCAUUAUAUAACCCUAUUCCCUAUAUAGUGCACUACUUUAGACCAGGGCAUUAUAUAACCCUAUUCCCUAUAUAGUGCACUACAUUAGACCAGGGCAUUAUAUAACCCUAUUCCCUAUAUAGUGCACUACAUUAGACCAGGGCAUUAUAUAACCCUAUUCCCUAUAUAGUGCACUACAUUAGACCAGGGCAUUAUAUAACCCUAUUCCCUAUAUAGUGCACUACAUUAGACCAGGGCAUUAUAUAACCCUAUUCCCUAUAUAGUGCACUACAUUAGACCAGGGCAUUAUAUAACCCUAUUCCCUAUAUAGUGCACUACUUUAGACCAGGGCAUUAUAUAACCCUAUUCCCUAUAUAGUGCACUACAUUAGACCAGGGCAUUAUAUAACCCUAUUCCCUAUAUAGUGCACUACAUUAGACCAGGGCAUUAUAUAACCCUAUUCCCUAUAUAGUGCACUACAUUAGACCAGGGCAUUAUAUAACCCUAUUCCCUAUAUAGUGCA